AGCUGAUUUUCUUUACAGAUAUGCGGAAUUGAUAUUGGUUCAUCUAAUAUGAAAUAAGUGGAGGGAAAAUGGCAACUGCAGACCCUAAAAAUCGAGUUUACCUUUUCCGCCUACAAGUGCUUAUUAUAGAUGGAGGACUUCUAGUAUUACGCAAUAUACUAGACCAGAAGCUCAACGUACAGAACAUCUCUCUGAGCACAUGCCUGAGUCAAGAAAAACCGACAAUUACAAGCCUUAAAAACAAGAAAAUAAUUACUCAAGUCCAAUACGAUCUACUUUAUCCGCCACCAGGUGGACAACUUCCAUCGACAGCAGAUUUUGACAUUACGCUUAUAAUAUGCCUUCUUAGGAACCUGCAGUGUUGUGGUUUCAAUAAAAAAUUCAACUGGAAUGUUAUUCCGAAUGCAUCAGACGUUUCUGUGGAGGCUGAUAUCUACAGGCUUAAACUGUACAGGAAUGAGAUCAGUCAUAUCUCGACGACAACAGGAAUAAAGUUGGCAGAUUUCCGUUUUAAGUGGACUGAGAUAGAACAGAUUCUGUUGAGGCUAAACACUUCGGUGAUAAGUCCGGUUCCAAACUUACAGCAGACAAUUGAUGUUAUUAAACAAAGUCCACUUGAUCCACAAGCAGAGGAAAGGAUACAAAAAGAAGUGGAUGAGUGGAGAAAACUUGAAAAGGGUGUAGAGGUCGAUUUAAGGCAAGUGAAAGUAGAUGUACAGAAGAUAACGGGAAAAGUGGGCGAAAUAGAGAAGCGCACUUCAGAAAAUACAGAACUUAUAAAGGGUACAGAAAGCAGGGUAGCUGAUCUUGAAAACCAAAUAACCAAGAACAAUGAAUCAACACAAAAACAGAAAGAACAAAAAGAGAUCAAUGCACAAGAAUCAGUAGCAACAAACCUGAAGGAAGAUUUGAUAGCUCUCUACAGGGAACAGUAUCAUAGCCUACCUCUUUCACCUUUAAUAGAAGAACAAGACACUCCUCUGCUUAAGUUUUACGUCAUGCCAGACAUCAAUUCAGUGGAAAUCCAGAGAUCGCUCGGAGGUGGCAAUGAAAUUAAGUCAGAGGUUACCUCACUUCGUGAUGUGUUCUACAAGAAAAGCAAAACGUGUCGUGAAAUUUACCUUACAGCAGAUGCUGGGCUCGGGAAAACUGCAUUUAGUAAGCGACUCGUUUUGACGUGGUGUCAAGCCAAAAAGCAUAUCGAAAGUGAUCAAAAAUUCUUAAAGGAGGAAGAUAUUCAGGCAAUGUCAGAGUUUGAAUUUGUGUUCUUGUUGUCAUUGCGCGAUUGUUCUGAGGAAUGCGGCAUUGAUGAGAUGAUCGUUAAACAAAUAAUUCCGCGGCUGGCACACACUUCUGUAACUGUAAGCGACAUAGAAACUAUUAUUUCUAAGGGUAAAGGCUUAGUAAUUCUUGAUGGUUUAGAUGAAUGGACACACCCUGAAACCACCUGUAAGCUAGGACCACGUGACAUUCCACACAGGAAAGCUAGGGAAUGUACAAUCCUCACAACAACUAGACCAUGGAAGCUGAGUGUUAUCAAUUUAAGAUUAAGUCAAAUAGAUCAAAAGUUGGAACUUGUCGGGCUUAACGAAGAGUCAGCCUAUGAAUUAAAGAAGAAUGUGAUUUCACUUUUGUCUGAGAAACCUCAAAUUGCAGAUGAACAUAUCGAUAAAUUUGAUUCUGCUGUCGAAGAUAAAGGUAUUUCAGAUUUGGAAACUAUUCCACUUUUAUUGAUGUAUCUUCUGUGUUUAUGGUGUGAUGAAAUAGAUCUAGGAAGGUCUAAAUGUGUGAUAUACUGCCAAAUUGUUGAGCUGCUCCUAAAACGAACCUUUAGAAAAAAUCCACAGUUACAACAGGCGCGCAAACCACCCCGAAGUGAUAUCCCGCAAUUCUUCAGUGAACUUGUGCAUUGCAAGAAUUAUUACACACUUCUGCAAGCUUUAGGACAAUUAGCAUUUGAAACAUUAUUCAGUGAAAAACAUGAAAGCACGUUGGUAUUUAGUCCAUUAGUUACUGAAAGGUAUCUCAGCACAGACGAUAUGAAAUUAUGUCUUGAAUCAGGAAUAUUAACACAAAGUAAACAAGAAAAGUUAACCAGUCGAAGUUUUAAAGUUUCUUUUGUCCACAAAACUGUGCAGGAAUAUUUCUGUGCACUGCACAUUAGCUGCCAAAAUGAAAAUGAUGUCGAAAAAUUAAUGCAACAAAAAUUCAGCAGUGUACAAAAUAUUCUUGAUAUGUCGACAGUGUUUAUUUUCAUCAGUGGAAUGAAUGCAGAAAUCAUGUCUUCAAUAUCACGCGAAUUAAUGUCUGUAAUCAGUGAAGAUCAAAUAACGAGAACAUACAGAUCUAUGACAGUUUACGAUUACAGGUACGUUAAUCCUCUGAAAGACAUACAAAACAUGUACAUUUCUUGUUUGAAAGAAAACACGGACAACACUUCUCUUUGUUUCCAGGAUUUUAUCAUCGAUAGAGAAUGUCAACAAGAAAAUCACUUCUUGAAUUUAAAACAGCUGGUGAUACACAAUAAAAGAAAUAUUAUGUCAUUAAAUAUCAAAAUAGAAGGCAUUCGUUGUUUACGUGAACUUAUCGAUCAGUGUGAACUUGAUGACCUGCACAGCGUCAAGAAAAUAUAUUACCGAGGAGAAUGCAAGGAAGCGGAAAUCAUUCGGUUGUUGACAAACAAGUCGUUGGAAUGUGUAACUGUUGUAUCACAGACAUGGCAAGGUAAUAACUUUAUACCCGAACGUAGUUCUUGUUCCAGUGAACUGUCUAAAACAUUUCAGAAUAUUUCUCAGUUACGAGCAAUUCAUAUCAAUUGUUUCGAGAUGGAGCACGAUGUGCUGAAGGAGUUUCUGAAUUAUAUUAUAAACAGAAAAUCAAUGGCGGAGAUUAGAUUGUACAACUUACACUGUGUCACACACGAUAUUUCCUGCGGAGAAAUGAAUUUGGACUUUUCCCAGCAUUCAGAUCUAAGGACGUUAGGAUUGGGCGCUAUACCUGUGUCACAAUUAAAAGUGAAUGUAUCGUCGUUAGAGGAUUGUGAAGUAGGACAUUUAUCUAAACCCGGUCUGUCCACGUCAUUGCUGAGAGAGCUGCCAGCAGCCAGUAAACUACACACAUUUAGGUGUGGUGCUCUAAAAUCUUCCGGUGACAUUGAAACAUUGCUGCAGACAUUACCAUUGUUAGUUCCAGUGAAAGAAGUUGGGUUGGCGGGUAUCAACCUAGGUGAAAGGUCACUGUCUCUGUCACCGGAAAUGGUGAAUAUACAGCUUGUUUACUUGUGUGAGGUAACAAUGUCUGGUUCAUCAUUACGUAAUCUAGUUAAGGUAGUAGAGAAACUUCCACACUCAGUGACAGUAAUAAUGCGAGCUUGUAAUAUAACACCGGAAACAGAAUUUGCAGACGUUAAAAAAUAUAUAAAAACAUCGAGGAAUUUCGUGGUCACGUUUGAUGGAAUCAAUCGGUACGGCAACAAGUACGUGUUUGAGUUUCAAACAACUGAAGCUGGAAGUCGAGUACAUUAAGUUAACCAGGGAACUUGGACUGAUAGUGUAAAUAUUUUAUAAUCAUUACUCAUUAAAUAUAUGUAACAUAAAACACAACACAUUGAGUCAUUGACAUGACAUAUGUCAUGUAUGUACAGAGUUAAAAAUAGCCGUGCUUGCGAGUGAAAUAGACACGAAAAUCAAUUCUAAUUCACAGAUAGGAAAACGAGUUAUUAAAAUAGUUGUGCAUAGAUUAUGAAGAGGAUGGACGUUCUCAUAUCUACAUGGAUUUAUUACACAAGCUCACCUGUGUUCACUGGAUUGCCGCUAUUUACUGGUGUGUCAUAUCGUCAGACA